GACCCCGUUUUAUGAACUUUUUACUCCGAUAAAUCGAUAAAGAGGAAACAUUCUAGUUGUAAAGUGAGGUUAAUAUUGAAAAAUUUGGACGCGAUGAUAAAUUCGUAUGAUCUCCAGUCAUCGUUUCAUUCAAAAAUAUAGGACAUUGUACACGCGAAAUAUCUAUCGAGAUUAGAUACGUUUGAGAUGGAAUCGCUGACUAUAUUGUGACUAUAGAUCAAUGAUUGUGAGAAAAAUCAUCACAUUUUUAGUCCUCUAAUUAAACUUAAACCGGAUAAAAUGAUCCCUAUAAUAUUCAUAUUGCUCCUCGCCUCCUUCCAGUCACCUCCGACCACAGCCAAACCAACCGAUACCUUCGUAGAACUCACCAAACAGCCCUACUACGUAGACAAAACCGAACUACUGCACGUACUCAGCGAAUUCACCCACAACUACGAUUUCGUGGCAUGUCCCAAUCGUUUCUUGAAAACCAGCAAUUUGCACAUGAUCAAGAGCUUCUAUCAACUGGAAUUUGACGCACAAGGUAAUCGCAAAAAUUACACCGAGACAGAGACUUUUGCAUUCUUUAAGAAUUUCGAAAUCGCCAAUCAUUCGACGACUUUCUUGAAAAAUCGCAUGGCUAAUCAUCCCGUCAUGUUGAUCGAUUUGAAAUUCGACGUAUCCCAAGUGAAAACCAUACCGGAAGUUGACACUUUGCUAAAUACGAAGCUGAAAGAAGCUUUCAGCGAUUACUUCCAAGUGUUAUCUAAACAACCCACACCUUCGGGCGAAUUCGAGAUCACCAAAUUCGAGACAGAAUUUUUACAAAACAUGCAAAAAGGUACAGCUAAUCACUUCGAAUUGUCGUACGGUUUGUACAGACUGAGCAACGUUUUAUACAAAUACUUCAAACGUCGAGUCAUCAUCUUGAUCGACAAUUACGACUAUGCUGCUAACGAAGCUGUUCUCAACCAUCCCGAGCUUCUCGAUACCGACGGACCAGUGCAUUAUUUUUACUCGUCCAUCAAUAACAUGUUUCGUAAAACGUUCAAAGAGAACAGGAAGUUCAAAAAUUACGCUCUGAUGACCGGUAUAAGUGGCCGGAUCGAGUACGCGGACAAUGAAGUCAAAGAGAACCCAUUCUUAAACGAUCAUCUGUUCACUUCGUACUUCGGAUUCACCGAAUCGGAAAUCGAUGAUUUGCUCACCCGAUACAAGGCCUCUACUCGCGAAAUCAAAGACCUCAAGGCUUACUACGGUGCCUAUUUCAGUCGAACGAAGAAAAUUCGCCUUUAUAGUCCUUAUUCGAUCACGAAAUAUUUUUCAGAAGGUAGAUCAAAAUCGGUAGAUAAAGGUAAAAACCCACUCUUCGAACCCCACUGGGCCAAAACGGCGGAUCAAACGUUUAUCAAACAAGCCUUAAAAUCGGACUCUUUCCGCAGUAAAUUAGAUUCGAUGAUCGAUAGUGGAUUGAAAUGCGUCAAUGUAUCCAGCCAGUAUAGAUCGUCUCCAGCUCUGGACACGUUUGUGCGAACAAUUAACGAGAAAAGACCCUCUUUCAAAGGUGUCCAGCAAUUGGACGAGUCGUAUUUAUUCCAGUAUUUUUUCGAAACCGGAUAUCUGAGUUACGCUGAUGUAGAUCAAGGACAAGGCAUUAGCGUUUAUCGUAUUGUCAAUGCGGAAGUAAACAAUACGUUAAAGGAAGCUUUUCAACAAUUCAAGAGCUAGUUAUUUACCUCGUAGUAUUUUUCUGAAAGAAAAAAAUUGGUAUUUUUGUGAAAAUUUCGCCAUGGGAGCAGAUAUCAUCGAAGCUUGCGAAUUGCAGGAGAAAGCGAGUUGAAUUUUUUGAGUCAAUAACGUUAUCGAAAUUAUUUUGAUUUGAUUUUUGUAUUGGUUUAAUAUUUUUAAUACGAAACGGUACAUUAGCUAUAUUAUGGGUUUGAUAUGAUUAGCUCGACUCGAAUACCUUCCAUGAUUUUUACCAUCCCUUUUCCUCCUUCUACCUUUUUAAAAUUCAAUUAAGUACCAGUAUGGUUUGUAUCGUAAGUUUUAUUGCGAAUAAAUAUAAUUUUUUUGAAU